AUGGUGCUGGAACUGCACGUCUGGGGCCCCGCCUUUGGCCUGCCCUCGAUCGACGCCGAGUGCAUUGCCGCCAUCGCCUACGCAAAGCAGGCCCUCAGGGAUGGCCAGUGGGCCCUCGUCAACGCCUACGAUGUCGACAAGAGCCCGACCAAGGAAUACCCCGCCCUGCGCAAUGGCUCCACCUGGAUCGGCGGCUUCCACGCCAUCGUCCUCUACCUGCGCAGGCACAGCGCCCUGGAGCGCGACCUCGACGAGCCGCUCUCCAACAAGGAGCGCGCCGACGUGACGGCCUUUUCCUCCUUCCUGCGCACCACCGCCCUGCCCCUCCUCGACCUCAACCUCUUCGUCUCGUCGGCAAACUACUACAACGCCACCUCGUCGGCCUUUACCGCCCUCCUGCCCUGGUACCUCAACUACACCAUCCCGCCGGCACGCCGCAGCGCCGCCCGCGCCCGCACCCAGCACCUGCGUCUCAGCGCCCUCGACCUCGACAGCAUCGCCGACGACGAGCCAGAUGACGACCGCCUGUCGCAGGAAAAGCGCGAGGCCGGCAUCCCCGGCGACAGGCCCAUCGAGAAGCGCGCGAGCCUGCUGUUCGGCCGCCGCCGCCGCGGCCUGCGCAGCAUGCUCAGCGCGCCCGAGUACGCCGCGCGCUUCAAGCUGGCCGCCCUCGCCGACGCCUGUCUCGGCCCCUUGGACGAGCUGCUGGGCGACAAGGCGCUGCUGCUGCGCGAUGACGAGGACAACACCAACACCAACAAUGACGAUGACAGCGACCACACCAACACCAACACCAAGCACACCUCCGCCGCGCCAUGCAGCCUCGACUGCCUCGCCCUCGGCUACCUCGCCCUCAUGCAAUACCCCGUCCUCCCGGCCCCCUGGCUCGCCGACACGCUACUAACGCGCUUCCCCCGCCUCGCCGCGUACACCGACCGGAUGCGCUUCCUAACCAUCGGCGCCGAGAGCCCCAAACCCGCCGACCUGCUCGCGCUGAUCGACCUCCGGGGGAGCCCCGAAAUCGUGUCCAAAGGGCGCAAAGAGCUGGGGCUCUCGCUCCCUUGGUCGCCGCCCGCACCCCCCUCCCUCGCCACCGCCGCCACCUCCAUCGCCGCCGCGCUCGUCGCCCGCCUCCCGGGCCUCAGCGCCUUCGCGUCCCCCGACCCCGUCCGCCCCCCAAAGGGCAAGCCCCCGCACCACCCCCCGCAGCGCCUCCUGCACGGCCUCGCUGGCGCCGCCGCCACCGCCGCUGCCGCCCUGCUCGCCGGCGCCGUGUACGCGCACAAGCACCCCGGCCCUGAAGACGUGCUGUUUGUGAACGAGGCGGCGGCGCAACGCGUCGAGGAGGCGUCGCUCGCGGAUUGGGAUCUCGGCGUGGCAGAUUUCUCGGCCGGCGCUAUGCUCGCGGGCUUGGGGGCGCAGAUGGAUUUCGAGAGGCAGGUUGUGCGGGACAGGGAGAUGCAGGCGCGGGCGGAGGGGGAGGGGCACGGGCAGGGGCACGGACACGGACGCCCGGCCGUCGAGGUGCGCGCCGAUGUCGAUGUUGUUGAGGAUGAGGGGCGGAGGCCGAGGGGCGGGGUUAGCGUGCCGUAG